CGCGGGAAUUUUGGUCUAAAUUUUAAUUCCGGAAUUUGCAUUUUUUAGGUUUUUUUUUUUUUUUUUUUUUAUCCCUCUCUUUCUAAUUUUUUUUUUUUUUUUUUUAAGGUUUUCUUCCCUCUAUUUUUUCUAAAUAUAUUAUUUUAUUUAUUUCUUAACAUAUGUAUGUAUAUAUUACGUAAGCUCAUAGCUACCACGGUCAAAAAUCCCUCUGGGCUAACGCGGUUUUAGACUCGUAAAAAGGAGGUGGUGCGCAUAAGGUGUUCGAAGAAUGGCCAUGGUGUCAGAAACCAAAAAAAUUGAAUCAUCAUCACUCAGAGAUAUAGUGCCUGCAGCUCAGAACAACAUAAACACACAAUUCAUACUCCUAGAGAAGGGAAGGAUAACCACAGAAGGCCAGAAUAAAACAUGCUUGGCACUCGUGGCCGACGAGACCGCCGCUGUACACUUCCAGUUCUGGGGUGAAGAGUGCGAAGCGUUCGAAGCCGGGGACAUAAUAUGUUUGGAACAUGGAAUAUUUUCAUACACCAGGAACAAUCUGGUGCUUAGGGCCGGCAAGAGAGGGAAGAUAGUGAAGGUUGGAGAAUUCACAAUGGCUUUCGUCGAGACUCCCAACAUGAGCGAAAUCCGAUGGGUCCCUGAUCCCAAUAACUCCAAGCGAUACGUGCAGGAGGCUGUGAUUUCUCCUCACUCCCGCAUCUUUCCACCAAAAUCUUGAAAAUCAGUCCCAGUUUUCUGCUUUCGUGGAACUCUAAUAAAUUGUUACUCUUCUUACUUUUUUUUUGGGUUAAAUAAACUGUCAGCUGGCGGCCUUGUGACCUAUAAUGAGGCAUCCAAUCAGAGAUCUGCAUUUUAUAGCAAUAAAGAAUAUUUUACAUGGACAA